CGCAUUAUGUUCCGAGACCAUGAUACUUGUACAUGGUUUAUAUACUUUAAACCGCCGUAGUUGUCCGUCAAGAGCGGUCCGUGCACGCAAGACUAUUGGCUUGCCAAAUUUUUCGAGAGCAUUUGCGAGCCAGAAAAAAAAUUACAACGAUCAAAUUGAUCGAUUGACGGUUGUGGUACAAAUUUUUACAAUUUAACAUAAAUUAUUAACUGACAACCGUUAUUGUAACGCAAAGUACAUCAUAUCGUUAUAAUAAUAUUUUAUAGGUACGUCGCAUUUUGUCGUUUUCCACAUUUCUCUUAUACUUGCGCGUGCAUGAAAAUAGAUAUUGAUAAUAUUAAAAAAUAUCGUUUGCGAUCAUAAUUUAUUAUAUUCGUGUCACCGAAGAAAAUUGACAAGAAAAUUGCGCGCGAAUUCUAACUCAGUACGUCGUGGUCCGCCGUCAGGAUUCGUUCGGAAUCGCUUUUGUAAAAGUUUUUAUUACGCCAACCAAAGAUCGUCACGACUACACAUCUAUUCAAUCUCCACUCCAAACAUAAUAUAGACAGUAUUUUUGCGAUGGAUUUUUCUAACAAAAUUGGAAAUGACAACACACCACUCUCAGACGAAGUCUUAGAAGUUCUAGAAACUCAAUUCAAUAAAGUCAAAACUCUCCAUUCUACUGAUUUAGAGAUUAUUGCAGCUGAGUUGGGUGUCAGAGAUUAUGAUGUUAAGAUGUGGUAUACUAAUCGUUUGGCGGCAUGGAGAAGGAGCCAAGGACUUUCAGAUUGUUUUGGGCAAUUGUGAAUUUAAAAAUACUCUAACUAUAAAUUAUAAUUACUAUAUUGUUUAAGUAAAAGUUUGUUAUGCAUAUAUUA